CCGGGAAAUUCUUUUUUGUAAUAGAAAAACUCCUCUCGGAGAAAUUCAGAGCCAUUGGGUUUAUAGCCUCUAAGUGAACAACAAGCUCACUGAGUGUCAUACAGUGUGCAGUUCGGUUCAUGGCACCAUGUUGGGAAAAUUAAACCUUCCUUGGAUUGACCAUAUCCCAACUUUGAAAGAACUGAUGCACGAUAUCUCUAAGGUCUCUAAGACCUAUGGAAAAUCGAAUCUUGAAUUUCAUCGAAGCAUAAGGGAUAGUGCCCCUCAAUAUCCUGUCGGCCUCGAUGAAAAUUCAAGGGAUCUUUAUCUCAAGCCUAGUUCAUUACCAAGUUUGCAAGCUCAAUCGCAAUAUCAACACGAUUCAAUUGAACACCCAGUGGAUUCUUACGGUGCUCCGUACAGAGAUUCUUAUGCAGCACCCUCAGACCCGUACACGACCUACUCGGAGCCCAUUUACUAUGAAGAGCAUCAUGAGGUUAACAACUUGAAAACCAAGUUGAAGCAUUUUCUACCGUGGGUCUUGCUCGCCAUUGGUGUUUUGGGAGCUUUGCUUUUACUUGGACUUCUCGCUCCAUCUAUUCGACAAAGACUCCAUGAAAUCAAAGAGGAACCACAACACCACGAGAAACAUUAUGAUCCCCAUCACCCUGGUCAACAUCACAACUUUGCCUUUGGCCCCCCUGGGCCCCCAGGUUCCCCGGGGCCAACUGGCCCAGCUGGACUUCCAGGCAACACAGGCUCACCAGGUAUUCCGGGGAUACCUGGACGAGUUGGGUCCUCUGGGUCACCCGGUACCCCUGGAAUUAAUGGACUCUCUGGUGCCAGCGGCAACCCUGGUAUUGCUGGAGCCGCUGGCACGCCUGGGUCUGCGGGAGGUAGUGGAACACCUGGAAUACCUGGUGCAGCUGGUGCUGCUGGCGUAGGAGGCCUGGGUGGUCCAGUAGGCCCCGCCGGAGUUGCAGGAAGUCCUGGACCCGCGGGUCCAGGUGGCCCUGCUGGUAUUCCAGGAACACCUGGGGCAGACGGAGGGGCUGGAGUUGCCGGUUCUUCGGGAAGCCCUGGUUCGCCUGGUAAUCCUGGUCAACCAGGACCUGUUGGUCCACAGGGUGUCAGUGGUACAGCUGGAGCACCGGGUGGGCCUGGAGCACCGGGUCCAGCUGGAAAAUAAAUUUGAAGAACAUACGAUACUAGGUUUCCCAAUUGUACACUUUGCAUUCCAGGCAACUGUUGUCAUCGUGGAAUUUGUGUUAUAUAUUUUGUUGAUAUCACGAUUAAAUGCAUAUGAAG